UACUUAUCACAUCAAGCAAUGUGAUGCCAUUUUUAUAUUUUCUACUCAGAGUAGAGUUUCCUGGUCCUUUGGCAUAGAAGACAAAAUUUAUGUUAUUUUAUUUUAUCACUGAUUCACUACUAUUUUUAUCUUUUUGACUAUUUUUGGUAAUUCUUUGACUUGUGCCAUGAGCGUUCAAUCAGCUCGGAGAGGGCAUUUCUGCCACUCCGGUGAGUCCAACUGCACGGCGGGGUUUAAGGAGUCCCUGAGCACUCGCAACUACAAGAUACUGCAUGUGCCUUUCCAUGGGCCGACCCACAACCACCACCACCAUGAGCCUCCUCAUCCCUUCCCCACCGUGGAUGUUCCUGACCAUGCUCACUACAUCAUCGGCUCGAUCAUUCUCAUGGUGGGCAUCACAGGCAUGAUUGGCAAUGCGCUAGUCAUCUAUGUCUUCUGCCGAAGCCGUUCGCUGCGCACCCCAGGCAAUAUGCUGGUGGUCAACCUGGCCGUGGCUGACCUCUUCAUGUCCCUUACCCAGUCGCCUGUCUUCUUUGUGGCCAGCCUGCAUCACCGCUGGGUGUUUGGGGAGAAAGCUUGUGAGCUGUAUGCUUUCUGUGGGGGCUUGUUUGGAAUCUGCUCCAUGAUGACCCUGAUGGCAAUAGCUGCUGAUCGCUGCCUCGCGAUAACUCGGCCUCUUGCUCUGUUGGGCAGGGUAAGCCGUAGCAGGGCAGGGGCGGUGUUGACUCUGGUGUGGCUCUAUGCACUUGGCUGGAGUUUACCUCCCUUCUUCGGCUGGAGCGCCUAUGUCCCAGAAGGUCUCCAAACCUCAUGCUCUUGGGACUACAUGUCCUUCACACCAUCAGUACGUGCUUACACCAUCCUCCUAUUCAUUUUCGUCUUCUUUAUCCCUUUGGGAAUCAUCGGUGGCUGUUACCUGGCCAUUUUCCAGGCCAUCCGAUCGGCUCGGAGGGAGGUAAAGGAACUUGAUUGCGGGGAGACCCGCAAGAUGUUUGAACGCAUGCAGAGUGAAUGGAAAAUGGCCAAGGUUGCUCUUCUGGUCAUCUCACUCUUUGUGGUAUCCUGGUCACCUUAUUCCAUUGUGGCUCUCACCGCCACUGCUGGCUAUGCCCACCUUCUCACCCCUUAUAUGAACUCUGUGCCUGCAGUGAUCGCCAAGGCUUCUGCCAUCCACAACCCCAUAAUCUAUGCCAUCACACACCCCAAAUACCGAGCAGCUAUCGCCCGCUAUUUGCCCAUUCUCCGCGUAAUUCUAUGUGUUGGUGAAAAGGACAUGCGCUCCUCUUUUAGCUCCAGCAAUGGCUCUUCCUUUCGCCGGCCGACUCUCACCAGCCAAUGCUCCUUGGGUGUCUGCAUUGGCAAUGCUGCCCGUGCCAACGGCCACUGGGGGAAGACCCGGCUGUCAUCAGCCUCGGACACCGAUUCCUGUUGGACAGAGAGUGAGGCAGACGGCUCCAGUGUCAACUCACUACCUUUCGCCAGACGAGUGUCUACAGAGAUUUCAACAGACACCGCCAUCCCUCCACAGCAGGCUAGCACAAGUGCUUGCAGUGGGCAAAAAGUGGGGCAGGCUGAAUGGGUUGGCAGCAUGCCCGUGCCCUCCAUUACUCUUGAAGCAGAUGUGUCAGACGGAAGCAUGCUUUCUGACGGUAAAGCUUUCCUCCUGUCAGGUAACUGACAAAGAAAUACUGCUGUGAGACUUUGGUAUAAGUAUUCCUUCAAACCUAAACUUGCUUCAUCGUACAAAGUGUAAUGUGCAAUCAAAGUUUCUAUUAAACUUGCCCCACUGUGGUCUCUUUUCAAAAUUGUACCUGGUUUUAGCUAAAAAGUCUUGUUUCAUUCUGUAAAUUGCUGGACAUUACAUGACGGGUAUGGGUUAAUUCUUUGAAUGUACAGACCUGUAUUACAAUUUUUGCUGCUUUUCUUUAAGAUCAGUCCUAAACCUAGUUUAACAAAGGUUUUAAAUGGUGAAUGACUGUACAGUAUGAUUCUUGCUAGGCUUAAUCCAUGUUCACAACACUGGCCCAUGUUAUAUUAGUUCAACAAUAAAUAUGCUAAGCUGUUACAUUCUCUUUAUAGGCCAUUUCAUGUAACAUUUUUUCUUUGCAAGUCUGCUCUAGAUUUUAUCUAAAAAUGAAUAAAUGGUGAAUGCAAA